AGCAUUCAUAGCCCCUCACAAUCCCAAUCACAAGUCAAGUCAAUAUGUUCUGUAAUUCAGUUGACUGGAUGUUGGAGUUAGGUCUGAAAUGGUGCUUGGAUCCGUAAAGGUAUAGGGGGGAGUAGGGACAAACAGGUAUUCCCCCCUUCAAUUGGUGGACACCCUCCAUGAUUUUCACUGGGAGGUUUUUAAAGUUUUAACCUUCGGCCUAUCAACAGAACUGUGUCAACAAAAGACCAGAGCUUGAGAGGGAGAUAUCUUCCUAGACCAUCAACUAGAACCGGGAGAUGGAAACGCAAAAUUCUCAACAUGGACAGUCCAUUGAAAUAAGUGUAGAUGUUACUGCUGAGGAAAGGAACAUUGCAGGGAGUAAGACAUGUGGGGAAACACCUUGUGGGUUUUCGGAUGCAGGAACAAACUCAAAAGAUGCUAAAGAACGAUCAGCUUCUAUGCGCAAGCUUUUUAUUGCUGUUGUACUUUGCAUUAUCUUCAUGAGUGUUGAAGUAGUUGGUGGAAUUGAAGCCAAUAGUCUAGCAAUAUUAACUGAUGCAGCACAUUUGCUAUCAGAUGUUGCAGCGUUCGCCAUCUCAUUGUUCUCCUUAUGGGCAGCUGGCUGGGAAGCCACUCCCCGUCAAUCUUAUGGAUUUUUCAGAAUUGAGAUUCUUGGAGCCUUAGUCUCCAUACAGCUAAUUUGGUUGCUUGCUGGGAUUUUAGUAUAUGAAGCCAUUGUUAGAAUCAUUGAAGGCACUAGUGAGGUGAAUGGCUUUCUAAUGUUUAUUGUUGCUGCUUUUGGUCUAGUGGUUAAUAUUGUCAUGGCCUUUUUGUUGGGCCACGACCAUGGCCAUAGCGACCAUAGUCAUGAUCAUGGAAUGAUAAUUACCACUCACCAUCACCAUCAUCAUCAUGAGGAGGAUUCCACAGGGAAGCACCAGCACCAUGAGCACUCCAAGGAUGAGCACCAUCAUCAUCAUGAAGAUAAGGAACAUGCUAAAGAUGAGCAUCUCCACGCACAUGGAGAUCAUUCUGAGCCGCUGCUGGAGAAACCAAAAAAGAGAAGGAAUAUAAAUGUCCAGGGUGCUUAUCUUCAUGUUCUAGGGGAUUCCAUUCAAAGUAUUGGAGUAAUGAUUGGGGGGGCAAUCAUAUGGUAUAAGCCUGAAUGGAAGAUAGUUGAUCUGAUUUGCACACUAAUCUUUUCAGUCAUUGUUUUAGGGACAACAAUUAAAAUGAUGCGGAGCAUAGUUGAAGUCCUGAUGGAGAGCACACCAAGAGAGAUUGAUGCAACAAAGCUGGAGAGGGGCCUGUUGGAGAUGGGAGAAGUGGUGGCCAUUCAUGAGCUGCAUAUAUGGGCCAUUACAGUAGGGAAGGUCCUGUUAGCUUGCCAUGUCAAAAUCAGGCCAGAAGCAAAUGCAGACAUGGUAUUAGAUAAUGUAAUAGACUAUAUCAGGAGGGAGUAUAACAUCAGCCAUGUUACCAUACAGAUAGAGCGUUAAAUAUGCCAGGCUGCCCUUGUUAUACUCCUCUUUGUGAAUGCUUUUCUGAUUCCAAGCAAUAGAUUGGCUCGUAGCUUAUAAUUGAUCUCAUCUGUGUAUGAUUUGUGCAAUAAACAUCUCUUAGAGUUGAAUAAUGGUUUUUUUGAAUC